AUGCCUAAGCAGCGACAACGACUCUCCUUAUACAUCCCCGGCUCGCCGCCCGGCGCCCUGCCCGAGUCCACUUACACGCCCUCCAGCGACCGCCGACGCUCCCUCAUCAGCCUCCCCGACAGCCUCAACCUCGGCAACCUGAACCUGAAGCCAUCCAAGGCGAAGCUCCAGAAGAACUGGUGGCCCGGGGCCAAGAGCCCGACCGCGCGGCGCUGCGCGGACCAUACGACCGCCACCACCACCGCACCGCAUGAGCGCGCGUUGGGCGCCCCCCGCCGCAAGACAGCAGCGCCGGCGUUGGCGUCGCCGCCUCGCCGGCACGUGUCGCACCAGUGGGACGACCCGGAGCUGCGCCGGGAGCUGGAGAUGACGCUGCCCCAGAGCGCGACGGCCAGCCUCUCACGGCCAGGCAGCAGAAACGGGGGCCCGGCGGGUGCUGCCGUGCCGCGGUGUGCGGCAUCCGUGCCGGCCCCGAGCCGCGCCCCACCGCCUCCGCCAAUUCCCGAGUUGUCCGCCGUAAACUACUACUCCGAGGACGCCGCCGCCACCGGCCUGGCGUCGCCGCCCUCACCGAUCGUCGUCGAUCAUGUUUCGACCUUGAGGCGCCGAGCCAAGACGCCCGUUCACCAUGUCGGCCAGCUGGAGGCGGCCCAGCGGAGGCGGAGCAACCAGGGCCCCUUCCAGACCGGCAACAUGGAUGGCGUCAACCGCAUGUCCAGCGUGAGCACCAUUGCGCGGGAAUAUCGGGAGCUGGCCGUGUAUCCUGACGAGGCUAUUGCUGAGGUGCCGGAGGUGGAUCCGCCAUACCUGUCGGGAAAAGGUAUGGUCGAACGGCCAGCCACGCGAGAUGUUGAGAUCCAGGAUGGCCAUCUCCUGGGUGCCGCCGCAUAUCUCAAUCACCGCCGUACGCAGUCUUCCGCGUCAGACGACGGAGCGCUGCCGGGCUCGGAGGUAGACGCCAGCUGCCCGUCUCUGACCCGCUCAAGCUCAACGCCAGCUGAGACGAGCGAUGACGAGGAGAAGGACGGGGAGCAGCCCGCGGCACCGGCAUCGCUGCGAUUACAGAUCGGUCUUGAGCUCCUCACCAAGGAGCUGUCGAGGGCCUUGGCCGGCGACCGCCGGCGACAGCAAGGGGACGGUGGCGACGGCGCGUCCGCGGCCGGGCUGCAGGUCUGGGUUAUGAUUGAGGCGUACGAGCGGCUGCGAGAGCGGCUGGAGGAAGAGCCGACAGAGGAGAAAGAGCACGCGCGCGAGGCGAUUGAUGCCUGGAUUCGGGCGCUGUAUGCGAUUCACGGCGAUAUCGUCAGCCAGAGUGCUGACGAGAGCGAAUAUGAGGAUUAG